CCGCGAGGGAGAGCGUGGAGCUGCUAAUCAUCCAGGCCUGGAAAACAGAGGUGGAGGGAGAUCUCCUCGGAUUCGUCUUCGGAGCAGUAGAGUCAGGCCAUCGCCAGAUGAUCGUGUGGAAACUCACGAUCCCUCUUGCGCAGCUCAUCGACGACCACCCUCUCGACAUCGUAUCGCAGUGUGACGAGAGCUCAGUAUCGCACGUCCUUCCGCGGAGAUUAACGUCGUACCUACAGUGGUCAGCCUGCCUGGAGGAUCGAACGGGAGGUGGCAACUACCCAUCGCGCGCAGAGUACCUGAACCCCCGAGGGAUCAUCAACGUCCUCUUCUUUUUGCCCCGAACGGCAGUAGAAGAGAGAGUCAUGGUGGAGGAAGCGGAGGCAGAAGACGAAAGCGAGGAGGAGACCUCGAAAGAAACAGGGAGCUACAACGAAUACAGCGAGGAGGAAUUGGGAGAAGAAGAAGAAGAAGAAGAAGAAGAAGAGGAUCAGUUGGAGGAGGAGGAGGAGGAGGAAUCUGAGUGGGAGACUCUGGGUAAAGAGGCGGAUCGCGCAGAGACUCGGCCGGCGAGAAAGGAGAUCGCGGUCGGGAAGCAGCCGCUGGAGUUCGCAAGUGGUGCAAAUCUGCCGAUCUCGGACGACCCGACCAAAGAUCCGGAGCCGCCUAAGAACGACGAUGGGGACCCUACUGCCGAGACUUCGAGCGCACCGGCGCGCAGGCGACGGAGCCGAUCCCGAUCCCCAUCCCCCGGUCCCCCAGUUCGAGCAUGUGUCGAUGCGGGGCAUCGGGCUUCGUCCCCGGUCAUUAUCCCGCCGUCCCCUUGACUACCUCAGCCUCCGCCAAAUUACCAUUCCAGUCUCUUCCCCCCACAACCCCUUCCCUAUUGACACCUUCCGCCACUUCUAUGCCACCCGUCUCG